UGUAGCAGGCCGAAGCAAGCAGGCAGGCAUGGCUGCGGCUGCGGCUGCCGCUGCGGCUGCGGCGGCUGGGGGUGGGGGCGCAGCCGGUCCGGGAGCUGGGGCUGGGGGAGGCCCCGGAGCGGGCGGGCAGGCCCCGGGGCUAGAGGCUGCGCUCCAGAAGCUAGCGCUGCGUCGGAAGAAGGUGCUGAAUGCCGAGGAGACGGAGCUGUACGAGCUCGCCCUGGCCGCAGGAGGAGCCAUAGACCCGGACGUUUUCAAGAUCCUGGUGGAUUUACUGAAGCUGAACGUGGCCCCGCUGGCCGUCUUCCAGAUGCUGAAGUCCAUGUGUGCGGGGCAGCGGCUGGCCGUGGACCCUCCUGGGCUCGAGAGCGUGGGGUCCGCUCUGCCCCCAUCCGCCUUGCCUGACGCCAGAGAGGACGCCCUUGUGUCUGCCAAGAACAGCGCGGCGGCGGCGGCGGCGCCCUCCCUUUUCUCGUCCCUCCGGCCUCCGCGCCCGGCCGCCGCGGCUGCCACCCAGACGGCGCCGCUCUGUCACAGGGCCCCAGGUUCCUUCCAGUUUUCUUGCUGCCUGUUCUCUCCUUUCGCAGGGAGAAACAAGAGCGGCGGCCCGGUGCUGGGGGAGCGUGGAGGCCGAGAGGGAGCGAGCCAGCGGGGGCCUCGGCAGCCCAGCGCCAGCAGGCUGCCCAAGGGGGGCGGCGCCGGGAAGAGUCCCACCCGGAGCAGCAGCUGAGGCCCCCCACCCGGCACGAACAGGCCCAGGAGCGGCGCCGAAGCAGGAUCCCGAGAGGCGGCUCUGGGCCAGGAGGGGCCUCCGGCCGCCUGCUUCCUCCCACCCACAAUAAACCGUGUUUUAAAUUGAG